CUGCACCAAACAUGGUGAGAAAACCCUAGUCACAAUCACAAAGAGAAAAUCAUUUGAUAAUUUCGGAGAAUCAAAGAAUCGUCCGUUGGGUAACAAUCACUCGCAUUAAUAUUAACUUUUUGUCAUAGAUACUCGCAUUAACAGUUAACUUCUUGUAUUGUGAAUUUCUGAUACGUGUCUACUUGCCGCGCGGAUUUUCUGGCCCCAGCGGGCCACUGUUCUCUCAACUCCUCACUCAUCGAUCAUUCAUAUACCGUGAGUCUUGUAAAUGGCAAUGGCAGCCACCAGGAGCAGAUAACACCUGCACAACAAGACAAACAAACCAACAGAACCAGCCAACUUACUCGCUCCCUCCUUUCUUCUUUCCAUCUCCGUCCGUCGUCACCCCCGCCACCCCUCCGCCGACUAUCUGAUGGAAGCCAUUGGUGUCGCUUCUUCCUCUAGCAUCGUUGUUUUACACAGCAAUGGAACCAGAAGCUUGUUUUCUUCCUCCACGGUGUUUAAUCUUGAUAGAUGCCCUCUCAGUUGUUUUCUCCCUGCUAAGAAGAAGGUUACUGGUGAUUUCUUGAAGCAUUCCAUAAGCUCAAAGCUGCACGGGAGUCUUUCUGCUAUUUCAGCUUCUGCUUCUCUCUCGCAGCAGGAGGCUGCCCAGGUGGACUUGGAAGACUCGGACUCUGAAGCCCAAAUCCAAGAAACAGAGGAAAGGAAUGUUCCUUCCGUUCGUGUGAAGUUCCUAUUACAGAAGGAAUGCUCGUUUGGUGAGCAAUUUGUCUUGGUAGGGGACGAGUCAGUGUUGGGUUUAUGGGAACCUGAAAAUGGUGUGCCAUUGGACUGGUCAGAUGGACAUGUUUGGGCUGUGGAACUAGAUAUACCAAUUGGGAAGACAAUCAAGUACAAGUUCAUCCUGAAAGGUCCAGAUGGGUCGUUACUGUGGCAGCCAGACCCUGAUCGAGUUCUUGAGCCAUGGGAAACUCAGGGCACCAUAGUUGUUCUCGAAGAUUGGGAAGAUCCUCUAGUUCAGAAGAUCAUGGAGGAAGAAGCAGGACAAACUUCUCAGAGUGUUGCUGUAAAUGAAGAACCCGUUACUGACGAAGAAGAAACACCAAACCCUGUAGUAGAUGACUCUGGCUUGCCUGUUAAAGCUGGAACUUUGGCUCUCCAGGAGACUGAAACAGUUACUUAUGUAAAGGAAGAGGAAGAACCAUCUGCAAGUGUUACAGAAGAAGAGGCAGCAGCUGACAAAGAAGAAGAUAUAGCACCUGUUCCGGACUCUACUUUGCAGAUUGCAACAGAGAGUUUGGCUCCUCGAGAGAGUCAACCUGUUUUGGUCUCUGCCCAUGAGGUAUCUUUCUUAGCCGCUAAGGUUUGUGCUGCUACCCAACUAGAGAAGGCAAUGGCUUCUGUUAUGGCAGAUGACAGUAUCACUCGCCACCCCCAAGGGGGGGAGAGUAUUACUCAAAAUGGGAAAGGUCAAGUUUCAGGUGAAAGCAUGAAUGAUGGUCAAAAGGUGGACCCUGUGUUUCCUUUGAGCAAUGAUAAUGUUGAAGAUGGCGAUGAGAGUGUUGAUGGAAUAUUGUUACCCGAAGAAGCAGGGUUGGCUGUUCUUGUACCGGGCUUAUUAUCUACAGUUCAGGAGUCCCCAACCGAAGAAGAAGCAAGGGAGGAUGAGGGAAUAGCAAUUGCCGUUGAUGCGUCAUCUGAUGAAGUUCAACAUAGUGGAGAAGAGAAAUCCAUUAGGUCAGAAUAUGACAAGGAAGAAGCCAAGGGUGAAGGAAUAAUAGAGUUGUUGCCCAAGGAGGAGAAGGUGAAAGACUAUGAUAAUGGUGAAGAUGUUGAUGGUGAUGACAGAGCACCACCAGUUAUGAACUUAACAAUAACCACUGGUAGUAGCGAUGGAAUAUUGGAACCUGAACAAGAAGGGGUGACUGCUCCUUUACCGGGUUUAUCACCUCUAGUUCUGGAGACACCGAGUGAAGAAGAAGCAACUGGGGGUGAGCAAAGUGUUACGAUUGCCUUUGAUGCCUCAGUUGACGGAGCUAACAACAAUGACGUUGAGAAUCCUAGUGGAGAAGAGAAAACCAUUGCUUUGGAGUAUGACAAGGAACAAGUUUAUGUCGAAGAACCAGUAGCGUUACCCGAGGAGAAGGACGAGGAAGAGGAGAAACCAAAUGAUGAUGGAGUGGAAGAGAAGUCAACUUCAGCUAGUGAUGAGAGUCGAUGCAAAUUUCCAACUCCCAGUGGUGAAACUGAAAAUGUGCUGCAGAAUGACAUGCAGUGGGUGCAGAAACUACUGAGUAACCUAGGCCUGCUGUAAAUUUUUUGUCCCACCUCUCUAAAUCUUUUAGAGACCAAAUUUUCUGGAUGCAGUGGCCGGAUCCACCUCCUGUACAUAAUAUGCGAUCCGUGUCAUCUCUUCUCAUGAUUUUGUGCAGUUUGCUACUAUCCAUUGUAAUUGGCAAUAUCAAUGCUGUGUUGUGCUGUGUAUAUAAUGGCGUAAUGUCUGGCUUUCGCUGCGGAAGCAAGUGCAUUUUGAAAGGCUUGUUAGCUCAAUCAUCAAAUACCAAUCAAGAUUCCAGACUCUA